AUUCCAUUAAACUGCAGGUCCUGAGUUCUGUACAGCCUCUUAUUGUCUAUUUUCCAGACCCAUCUGUGUGGCUUUCAAGGGCUGUUACCAAAACAGGACGUGAAGAGUUCCUUAACAAGCUGCAGGAGAUGCUUGAUGAUCUAUCGGGACCUAUUGUCUUGAUAUGUGGGCAAAACAAAGUAAAAACAGAUUCUUCUUCAGAUAAGAAAGUUGUAGAAGGUCAUGAAAUUCUUCAGCUAUUUUCUAAUGUGAUAAGCAUACAUCCUCCAACAGAGAAAGAUGUCUUGAGAACAUUUAAUGAACAACUUGUAAAGGACAUGCAAAUUGUUUUAACUCGAAGUAACAUAACUGAACUACAAAAGGUUCUCGAAAAACAUGAUUUGACAUGCAUGGAUCUAUUAGAUGUAGUUGAUAAUGGUCAUGUGAUACUUAACAAGCCAAAAGCUGAAAAGGUAGUUGGUUGGGCAAAAAAUCUUCACUUAGCAUCUUGCAUUGAACCUUCAGUAGAAGGAGAACGAUUGAAUCUGCCUCUUAAAUGCAUUGAGACUGCAAUAGUGAGGCUUAUGAGUCACAAAUCGAUAAAACCUGCACGAAAUCUCAAGGAUGAUUUCGAGAGUGAGAAGCAUUUUCUCUCAGCCGUUGUAAGUCCAGGUGAAAUUGGGAUUACGUUUGAUGAUGUUGGUGCUCUGGAAGAAGUAAAACAAGCAUUAGAUGAACUUGUCAUUCUCCCAAUGAGGAGGCCCGAACUUUUCUCUCAUGGAAAUUUGUUAAAGCGUUGCAAGGGGAUAUUACUUUUUGGACCUCCUGGAACUGGGAAAACCCUUAUUGCUAAAGCACUUGCAACUGAAGCAAACAUAAAUUUUAUCAACAUAACUGCCUCAACUAUUGCAUCAAAGUGGUCUGGUGAAAGUGAGAGACUUGUAAAGGCCAUGUUCUCAUUUGCAGACAAAAUAGCACCAGUAAUUAUUUUUGUUGAUGAGAUUGACUGUUUACUAGGGGCCCGUCGAUCCAAUGAAGAGGAUGUAACUAGAAAUGUAAAGAACGAGUUUAUUACAGCUUGGGAUGGAUUGAUGUCAAAAGAAAACCAAAGAAUCAUAGUUAUGGGUGCCACCAACCGCCCUUUUGAUCUUGAUGAUGCAGCAGUUCGUCGUCUUCCUAGAAGGAUAUAUGUAGACCUCCCAGAUGAGGAUAAUCGUGUCAAGAUACUCAAAAUCCUCCUAGCUAAGGAGAAUAUAGAACUAGGAUUUUCAUUUGAAAAACUUGCUGCGGCCACCAACAAAUAUUCAGGGAGUGACUUAAAGAACCUUUGUAUUGCUGCUGCAUAUAUACCUGUGCAAGAAAUUAUAGAAAAAGAGAAGAAGGUGGUGGGCCUAAGAAGUGAUUCUGCAUCGUCGUCAACUGUCCCUAGACCACUCAAUUUGGAUGACUUCAUUCAGUCCAAGAAUAAAGUGGUGCCUUCGGUUGCAUGUGAGGAAUUCACCGAGCUUAAAAAUUGGAAUAAAAAGUUUGGACAAGUCAAAAGCAGGAGUAAGAAGCAACCAAAUUUGCAAGAUCUUGUUGAGGAUGAGUACGAAAAGAAUUUUGUCUCUUCCGUUUUACCUCCAGGUGAAAUUGGGAUUAAAUUUGAUGAUGUUGGUGCCCUGGAAGAAGUAAAACGAGCAUUAAAUGAACUUGUCAUUCUCCCAAUGAGGAGACCCAAACUUUUCUCUCAUGGAAAUUUGUUAAGGCCUUGCAAGGGGAUAUUACUUUUUGGACCUCCUGGAACUGGAAAAACCCUUAUUGCUAAGGCACUUGCAACUGAAGCACGCAUCAAUUUUAUCAACAUGACUGCCUCAACUAUUUUAUCAAAGUGGGUUGGUGAAAGUGAGAAACUUACAAAUGCCUUGUUCUCUUAUGCGAAGAAACUAGCACCUGUAAUUAUUUUUGUUGACGAGAUUGAUGGUUUACUUGGGGCCCGAUCCUCUACACAUGAAUCAAAUAGAAAUGUAAAGAACGAGUUUAUGACAGCUUGGGAUGGAUUGGUGUCAAAAGAAAACCAAAGAAUCAUAAUUAUCGGUGCUACCAACCGCCCUUUUGAUCUUGAUGAUGCAGUAGUUCGUCUUCUUCCAAGAAGGAUAUAUGUAGGCCUCCCAGAUGCUGGCAAUCGUGUCAAGAUACUCAAAAUUCUCCUGGCUAAAGAAAAUAUAGAACCAGGAUUUCAGUUUGAAAAACUUGAAGGCACCAACGGAUAUUCAGGGAGCGACUUAAAGAACCUUGUGGUUGCUGCUGCAUAUAGACCUGUGCAAGAAAUAUUAGAUUAUGAAGAGAAGAAUAAGGGCUUAACAAGUGAUUCUGAGAAUGUUGAAGAAAUGAGGCCACUCAAUUUGGCUGACUUCAUUCAGUCCAUGGCUAAAGUGGCGCCUUCGGUUGCAUACGAGGCAUCCAACAUGAACGAGCUUCGAAAAUGGAAUGAAAAAUAUGGUCAAGGUGGAAGCAGGAAGAUAUCAUCUUUUGGCUUGCUAAUCAAUCUGAAUUACUAG